GAGGGCCGCCAGGGGUCGUUGCACCUCCCCUGCACUUCCUCCGGUCCUUCCCACCCUACGCUGUUGUUGGCGCCAGACUCAAACAAGGAGGCCGCUGCGCGCAAUAUGUCAAAAAAAAGAGGACUGAGUGCAGACGAAAAGAGAAGUCGGAUGAUGGAACUAUUUUUUGAGACAAAAGAUGUAUUCCAACUGAAAGACCUGGAGAAGCUUGCUCCCAAAGAGAAAGGCAUCACCGCCAUGUCAGUGAAAGAAGUCCUCCAGAGCCUGGUGGACGACAGUAUGGUCGACUGCGAGAGGAUCGGGACGUCCAAUUACUAUUGGGCUUUUCCGAGCAAGGCUCUUCAUGCCAGGAAGCGCAAGUUGGAGGCUCUGAACUCUCAGCUGUCAGAGGGAAGCCAGAGGCAUGCAGACUUACAGAGGAGCCUUGAGAAAGCUAGAGUUGGCCGGCAAGAGACGGAAGAACGGGCCAUGCUUGCAAAAGAACUGUCUUCAUUUCAAGACCAACGGGAAAAACUUAGGGCAGAAGUGGAAAAGUACAGAGAAUGUGACCCCCAGGUUGUGGAAGAGAUACGUCAAGCAAAUAAAGUAGCUAAAGAAGCUGCCAAUCGAUGGACUGAUAACAUAUUUGCAAUAAAAUCCUGGGCCAAAAGAAAAUUUGGGUUUGAAGAAUCUAAAAUUGAUAAAAACUUUGGAAUUCCAGAAGACUUUGACUACAUAGACUAAAAUGUUGGUGCUGAACAAGGGUCUGUGAGCUUGUAAAUAUGUCAGGUUUUAAACAUCUAACUAAUGUUACCCAAUAUCAUCUCUCUGUUAAUAGUUUAUCAUCUGUAUAAUUAUUUAUCUAUCUGUUUAGUUGUUGUUAGCUUUAAAUAAAAUAUACAAUAAGGAUGUUCUUCUGUUUUUGGUAAGUGUGUCCCACAGUACUCACUAAAGCGGGGUGGAGCAAACAAAGACACCCAUGCCAUCAGUCAGGGUCCAUGGGAGUCUUCAAGAGCAAGGACAACAUGAUAGAGUUUCUGAGUUUCAUUCAAACGCUAAAUACUGAAUCAAAGGCAGAUAGAAACAUGCA